AUGUCCUACUCCUCCGACUCAGAACCCGACCCCGAGCUCCUCGAGCUCCUGCGUCAACACCUCCAAGGCAAGACCGCCAGCCCCACCGCCGCCGAGACGGGCGUUUUGGAGUCUGCCGAGUUCGUCUACAACCACGCCAUCGACGUGGCCCUGGACAUGCGCGGGUGCAAAAAGGCCGCCGAAACCAUCUGGACCCAGAUGCAACAGCGGGAGUACUCGCCAGCUACUUGGUCAACCCAUGAGCUCCACCCCAAGACGAAAGAUGAGGAGACGGUCAAGUUUAUCUUUGCGAUGGAUAUCCUCAACUUUUCGUUUUGGAGCGAAAAGAGCGAGGAGGAAAGGUUCCAGGUUGAGUAUAGAGGGAGGAGGUGGACGGGGUAUUGGAGUUUGGUGGCCGGGUUGCAGAGGGGCUUAGAGGAAGGAAUCCCCAUCACCGAUCCCGCUUUCUGGAUCAAUGAAGAAGCGUUUACCGUAGACGUCCUCCGCAACGUUUUCCGGUCUGCCACGGAUGAGGAGAUUCCUCUUCUGCAGGAGAGGUUUGACUGUCUCCGUGAAGCCGGCCAGGUUCUCCACGAGAAAUACGACGGCUCCGUCCUCGACCUAAUCGACGCAGCCAACGGCUCCGCCGCCGCCUUGGUAAACCUUCUAGCCUCCGACUUCCCCUGCUUCGCCGACAUCCACGCCCACCCCGCCCGGCGACAGCCCAUCCGGAUCCUCAAGCGCGCGCAAAUCUUCGUCGCCGACCUGUGGGCCUGUUUCGAGGGCCAAUCCUACGGUUCCUUCCCGGACAUUGACAAAAUCACCAUGUUCGCCGACUACCGCGUCCCGCAGAUGCUGUGGCAGCUCAACUGCCUGUUGUACGGGCCGACGCUGGAGGCGGCGGUGCGCGAGAAGCGGAUGAUUGAGCAUGGCAGCGAGUGGGAAAUGCAGCUGCGGGCGUGCAGCAUUUGGUGCGUGGAGCUGAUUAGGCGGGAGAUUAUUAGGCAGAACCCCGAGGAGGCGAGGGGGAAGGUGAAUGCCGUGCUGAUUGAUUUCUUAUUGUAUGAUGAUGUGAAGGAAUUGGAGGCGGAGGGCAGGGAGAGGAUUCCGCAUCAUCGGACUAGGAGUAUUUGGUACUAG